CUCCCCGCCCCCCGCCCCGCGCGCGCAGGGCGCUGCGGCGCGGUGAGGUGAGGGCGGCGGCGUCUGCGGGAGCGGGAGGAGGGCGGCUGUGACAGCGCCGCCAGGGCAGCGCCAGUGUCCCCGGACCAUCCGCCGGCCCUCGGGGCAGCGGCGACCGAGCCUCCCCCGGCCCUGCACCUUGCGGCAGCCGAACCGAGCCGAGCCCCCCGCGCGGCCGAGGCGGCGGCAGGAAGCGCCGCUUCUCCCCCCCCCCCCCCGUGACGGCGGUGUUCCCGGUGGCCCAGUGCCGCUGUCAGUUCCGCGGACCCGGAGACCUCCCGGCUCGGCGGCGCGGCGCCCAGCGCCACCCGGUACAUGGAUUACCUGUGUUUCAGAGCACUUUGCUGCAAGGGACCACCACCACCACGACCUGAAUAUGACUUGGUUUGCAUAGGCCUCACUGGUUCUGGCAAGACAAGUCUUCUGUCACAGCUUUGCAGUGAAAGCCCGGAGAACAUAGUGUCUACCACAGGUUUUAGUAUAAAAGCAGUGCCAUUCCAGAACGCCAUCUUGAACGUAAAAGAACUUGGAGGGGCUGACAAUAUCAGGAAAUACUGGAGUCGUUACUACCAAGGAUCCCAAGGGGUAGUAUUUGUAUUAGACAGUGCCUCCUCUGAAGAUGAUCUAGAAACUGCUAGGAAUGAACUGCAUUCUGCUCUCCAGCACCCACAGUUAUGUACUUUGCCAUUUUUAAUACUGGCCAAUCAUCAAGACAAACCAGCAGCUCGCUCCGUACAAGAGAUAAAAAAGUAUUUUGAACUUGAGCCACUUGCUCGUGGAAAGCGCUGGAUUCUUAAACCCUGCUCCUUGGAUGAUAUGGAGGCAGUAAAGGACAGCUUCUCUCUUCUAAUAAACUUGCUGGAAGAGAGGGACUUCGAACCUUCAAGAAUGUGAAAUGCAAGAGAGAAGAGUGGUUCUCCAGGCGUCUCCGUACCUGCUCAUUCUGCUCACAGCUUAAUUAUGGUGUGGUAUCAAGACUGCUGUGAUAUGUUGUUCAUACACAGUGCAGAAUGUCCUUUUGUUAAAACAAAUAUUCUGUGAAUCAGGUACACAACUAUUUCAACAGUAAAGUUGUCUACACUACUGAAAUAAGAAGUUCCUCAUUGUUUACCACUGUUUCUGCACGUUGCGUGUUGCUUCCUUGCGUUGCAGUCAUCCUUCACAGGAAAUCUUACACGCACAAAAAUAACAUAGUCUGUAAAGGAGGACUUCUACCUGAUACCUUUGGUUUAAAAAAUUGACUAAUGUCUUAAGGAUUUGUGAAACUGUUUUUUAUUAGCUUGUUUACUGACGCCACAGUAUGGAAAGCACAGUCACUGAGAACCUUAAUAGGAUACCUUGAAGGCAAGCAGUUUCGUGUUAAUGCAAAGGUUAGUCCUGAAAUUUUACUAAGUGAAAACACAGUUGACAAGUUAGUUGAUUCCUCUUCUAAAGUCACAGCAUAACCUGUCAAAGGCAGAACCAUUAUUUUGCUGGAAGUUUCCUGAAAGGUAAAGUAGUGAACAGAUGUGUGAGGAUAAUAGAUCUGGGAAAAAAUAGGUGACAAAAAGAGGUUGUCUAAAGUAACAAUAUUUUUGGAAAAUGUAAAAAAGUUGGAUAAAGUAAUAAUUUUCAUUGAAAGUAGUUUUCCGUAAGAGAAGCAAAGCAAAUGUCUGUUAAUUCAGCUGUGGAGGCUUUAUUACUAGUCAGAAGUGUGGCUGGUUUUAAAUAAGGAUUGCUUCCUAUAUCACUCACUCAGAGUACUACUGUUAUCGUAACAUUGCCAAGGCAUCUAUACCAUAACUAAGGGCCUUCCAGUGUUUGCACUAUAAGCUUCUCGUUUCAAGGGAUUAUAACUCAUUCUUUCAAACGUCCUCUGGGCUAAGUGUUACUUAGAAGACAAAAAAGUAUUCAUUGGAAACAACAUUUGUAAUACAUUUGGAAAAAUCCCAUUUGGUUCCAGUAACACAGUACAUAUUUCCUCUUUCCAAGUUUUCCCCAUUGUAGGUUUGCAGUAUUUUGGCUGCCUUUUGUUGAUUUUUUUAAAACCUUAUAAACCAAUUCUGUCCAUUAAAAAAACAUGCCAGGUCACUGGUUCACCAUUAAGUCAGUCACAACAGGGUAUGUGCAGAUCAGUCACUGGACCAGUGCACUCCUUGAAUGUUGUGCCUUGUGCAUUCAGCGACCCUUGUGCAUGAGCGUCUGCAAACACAAACUGUAGUGAUGUGUCAGUGGUUCUUCAUUGAUUCUGCUUGCAUUUUGAAACUCACAACUCCUUUUUUCAGCAACAUACCUUUCUACUCUGAGCAUUUAUUUUUUUAAGUUUGAAGGUUAUUGUAGUUUCUCAUGAGUUUAUUUGGGGAUAAGAAAAUAGCAAGGAUCAGCUUUUAAAGGCUUAUAAAAGCCAUUUCUUUAUUACUUGCAAUUAUACUCUGUUAAAAAAAUGUUUCUAACAGGUGUGGGGUUUUUGUUUACUUUUCAAUUUCCUUGGAUUUCUUGCAUUGCUCCCUCAGAAUUACUUCUGCCCAAAUGCAUGGCCUGAUGAUCACUGUUCUAACUUGCUUCCUAUUAUCAGAAAGAAGCUGGAAUACCAGUAAGCUCAGUGUUUAAUUUUGUGAUAGAAUAGGCAGAAAGCCUGAAGGACAUCUCUUCUUGCUUUGUUUUCCUUCUCUUUCCUGCCAGGUCAAUUGCCUCCCUCCUAAUAAUCUUGGAAAAAUCCAAGAACUGGAAUUAUUCAUUUUAAAACACAGAGAGGAGCCCUAUGUUGGUUUGGUUCUCUCUGCACAGGUUAGAGGGGACCCAGCUGCCCAUCAGGUUCUCUUGUGUGGGUUAAGGAGGCUCCUUUCCCUGGAUUUAAAGAGGAACUGGAUCUAACCUACAACUCCAAACUCUCUCUUAGCCUCUUAGCUGAUGUGAGCUUAAAGGCUACAGGGUCCCUAGACUUCCACAGGGUCCCUGGAUUUCUGUCCUGUUUAGGGACAAUGACAAAAAAGAAGUGGUGGGGAGGAGUGAGAAUUAUUUCCCAGAGAAGGCAGGCAGUGUGGGGAGGCAAAAAGAGGGAUUCAGAGCUUCUACUGCUUUUUCAUUGAGCAUUAGUUAAAAGAUGAGAGAACAUUUUUCUACUGUUUUUCCCCUUCUUCACUGUAUUAAAGUUAUGGACCAAUAGGUGCAGCAAAUGAAAAUAAGCCCAACUUGUACUGCAUUCUUAAAACUGUACCUAUUUGUAGCAUGAGUGAGUCUGGUCCAAAAACUCCUAGAGUUUCUGAGUUUUGUUUUGGUCAUGAUUUCCAAACUAUGCACUGUUGGAAGGUGCUACGUCACUGACAUGCAAAAGGCCCAGCUAAUUGAUGAGAAUAUGGCUUUGGUAUAUGCCAGUGGCCACUUAGACUAGGGCCUCUUGAUGCUUAAUGCUUUUUCUUUAGGAAAAUGCUAACAGUGCAGGAGCAGUGAUUUUUUUUUUUUUUCAGAAUGAUUUUCAAUAUGCUUUUUCUUACUAAUACAGUGAUCAUUCCUCAACACAGGUUGAAACAAUACCUCAUAACUGCUUAAGGCUAAGGCCAAUGCUUAACUUCACUUUGAAUGUAGUUCUUCUGUGGUUUUGUGUUGUGGAUGGACUUAAUGGAUGUGUACCUUUUUAAUGUCUAUAAACACCUUCACCUUUUUAUGGAGGAAUUUAAAAUGUUCAUAGCAGCUCAUGUCACACUUCCUUGUCUAAAGAGUUGUCGAAUUCUCUGGCUAUGGUAGACUAUGUAAGCACUAUGCAGUGUUUAUUCAGAUGAUCAAUCUCAAUUGUUUCUUUCUUUUUUUUUUUUUCAAAUCUUUUCACAUGUUCAUCAUUUAGGUGAAACAAACUUGGGCACUAGGCUCUACUUUACAUGCAAGUUCAUUAAAGAGUGAAAACUGUCUUUUUAAAAAGUUAUUGUGCUUUAAUGUUUGUUAGCCAUCUGUUAAAUUACUUUGUGUGUGUGUGUGUGUGUGUGUGUGUGUAUGUGCCCACAUUGGGCUUCUCAGACCUGUGGCUGUCUGCAGUGUCUCAGCCAUCAGAAUGAAAACAUUAUCAAUCAGUAUCCAACAACAGCUGGUUUUGACAAGCUUCUGUCUGCUGCCUAGUGCUUUACAACUUGUCAGUAAGACCUCUUUGUCUACCCACUCUGAGCUGCUAAUUUUACUGCUUCCAUGUUGUGUUCUGUCCUUGUACUUCUAGCAUUUGUAUAGAAAAAAGGUUGAAUCUAGUGAGUUUUGAUAUUCUUUAUUGCUGUAUAAUGCUCCAUGUGUAUCUUAGCUUGCCUCUUCAAAUGCGCUAUACAAAAAUCUGUGAUGUAUUAUUUCAUUUAACUUCUUGCAUUUCAUUAUAUUUAUAGGAGUUGCAGAUUUUUGUACCAUAUUAGUUAAUACAGUUGCCUUUUUGUAAUGGCAAUUAAUUUAUAUUACAAAAGUUUGUAUCUUUACUGUAGUCGAAAGUAUUAGUUAACUGCCAUACUAUCUUGGCUUUAUACUAAAAAUACAGUGUCUAUACGCAGGAGUUGACCCAUUCAAGUGGACAAUUGCUGACAUGAGGAACUUGUACUCUUUGUGAUUUAUACAUGAUUUCCACUAUCAAAAAAAAAAAAAAGAAAAUAAACACUGUAGAGUUAAGUUGCUAUGUUUGGAUUUCUUGAGUAGUAGCAAGUUUUGGAGUAUGGCAUAUUACCUUGAUAUGGAAUCUUCAAGACAAAUUAUUCACUCCUAGGUGAAAACAAAUAUUACUAUAUAAUCAUUGCUAAAUUAUACAUAGUUGCAUAUUGACACACGCACACAUAUAUAUUUAUAAAAAUGAGAAACUUCCAAAAAUUGGGUGAUUUAUUUCCACAGCAAGGUGUUGUUACUCUGGAAAUAUAUCUGAAAGAUAUUGAAGGUUUAUUGGUGGAACAAGGAUUGGAAUAAUCUUCAUACAAUUAUUCCAUAAUGUGAAACAGAGGGACAUGUUUAUAUGACUAGAAAUUAUUUUUAAAUAAAGUGAUGUGGCAAAGUACAUACACCAAAAAAAAGCUACAGAAGUUCAGCAAAGGAAAAUACUAUGGGGAAAAUAAAGGCUUGCUGGGAAAACGGGAAAACUCAUUGUUACCCUCUCAAACACUGAGCAGAAGAGACUGUCAUAACACCAGUUCUAACAGCUGUUGGAAGUACAGCUCUGCUGAGCCCAACUGAAGUUGCUGAUGCAGCUACUAAGGUAUGUUUUUGUCAUUUUAUUAUUUUUAAAUCUGCCUCUUACCAAGACUAGGGUGGAAAUGAAAGAUUUGUAAACUUGGAAUGUAUUUUUAAUUGUUUUGUUUAAUAUAAAUAGGAACUGCAAAUCUGCUAAUCAUGCCUCAUUUGAUAGCUCUUGAAAGAAUUUUCAUUAGCUCAUUAGCCCUUUGACCUAAUAGUUCAAACAAAUAAAAACAUCUGUUUGUGUCAGCUGUAGGGUUAGUCAUCCAGGGCCCAGGUUAACACGAGGAUGAGAGAGUGUCCCACAGCCUAUGUGAAAACAAAAACCAUACCUUUUUCAGUGUCUGCAGUUGAGAAGGACUCCUGAAGUGAAGUAGGGCUGCUGAAUUCUGUUAGGUGAAAAGACUGAAAAAGAUCAUUAGCCUUCUCAAUCUUCAGCCUUCAUGGGUGAACUGACUAACUUCAUUGUGUGGGUUGGACUGAAGAUCAGGUCUAAUCUAACUAAUUCUGAGACUUUUAUGCUUAAUGCUAGCUGCUUAUAAUGUGUUUUAUCACAGCUAUAUUUAGAGAAGCUAAAGUAUGCUGUAUAUGUUGCUUGUUCCUUCACCAGGUUUCAUGGGAAAAUGUAAUAUGUGGUCAUCUGGUGGGUUUUGAUGGAAUAUGUUCAGGACAGCCUUGUUUGUGGAGUGUUAUGUUUGUGUAUUGAGCAUGUUCAGCACUUCCAUUUAUGAUGUCUUAAAUAUGCCUUAAUUUUUUAAUUACUGAAACUGUCUAGAAAAGGCAGAUAUUCAAAUGUGAAUAUUGGUGCUAACACUGUGCAGUAAACCUAAUAAAAGUGUUUAGCAAAAGGUCCUGUGCUGGUUUGGGAAGAUUAUAGAAAAUUAAGAGUUGAGGGUGUGAAGAGGAGGAAUGACAUAAUCCAUGCCCAGCCAUUCUACUAUUAUGAGAAGAGAGGAACUCAUUGCCUGAAAAUAGCCUGGUUUUGGUAAAGACCAUAUUUGUAAUGAAAAGCUGUUGUAUAGUUAAUUUCUAAGCACAGAAGCAUUUCCUCAGACAUGAAAAAUCUAUACAUAUAUUUGAGAACCUGCCCACAUGCUAAUAAGCAAGAGGGAUGAAUUGUGCCUAUUAUGCUUGUGUGCAAUAUAAGGAAAGCCAUUCACAAUUAAUUCUCUCAAUUCUCACUGUUAGAUUGUGAGCUAAAACUGACAAAAAAAAAAGAGCAGCAAUCACAGCACUUCUUUUUUACCUGUCACCUUGAAAUAGCUAAAUGCUGUUGUUCAUUUUUAUUACUAUGCCAUGUAACU